AUUUAUUUAUAACCUCAAAUACAAGUGUUUUUCAUUAUUUUUAUAACAUUUAAUUAAGAAUUUGAUAUUGUUGCUAUUAAUUAGAAAUACUUACUACUGAAACUACUUCUAUUUUAAGUCUAUACAUAUCUAGUUCGAACAAAUGGCAUCAAAAGACGGAGAUAAAAAUAAGGCUGGCGCUGGUGAUAACAAGGAAAAGAGGAGGAAAGAAUCUAUAUUAGAUUUGAGUAAAUACUUAGAAAAAAGUAUUCGCGUUAAGUUUGCCGGCGGGCGGGAAGCGGCCGGAAUACUGAAAGGAUACGACCCAUUGCUGAAUCUUGUACUUGACAAUACCACGGAGUUUCUUAGAGAUCCAGAUGACCCAUACAAACUUCUAGAUGACACCAGGGCGUUGGGUCUUGUAGUAUGCCGUGGAACGUCUGUGGUCCUCAUCUGUCCCAUGGAUGGUAUGGAGGCAAUUCCAAAUCCCUUCACAACUCAGGAAGGAUAAUAUUUUUUGUGGUAUAGGUAUAAGGUUAAGUAAAAUAUAAGCAUCA